ACCACGCUGCCCAACCAAGACGGGCGCUCCCCCCAGCCCUGCUGAUGGGCGAAGACACUGACGCCACCCCGACGCUUAACCACCGCGGCUUCCUCCCCGACCACAACUAUGUGACUGAAGCUGAUAUCAUCUCCACUGUUGAGUUCAACCACACAGGAGAGCUCCUGGCCACAGGGGACAAGGGGGGCCGAGUGGUCAUCUUUCAGAGGGAACCAGAGAGCAAGACUGAGCCAUUCUCCCAGGGAGAGUACAAUGUCUACAGCACCUUUCAGAGCCAUGAGCCCGAGUUUGACUACCUUAAGAGUCUGGAGAUCGAGGAGAAGAUCAAUAAGAUCCGAUGGCUGCCUCAGCAGAACGCCGCACACUUUCUCCUCUCCACCAAUGAUAAGACCAUUAAGUUGUGGAAGGUGAGUGAAAGAGACAAACGGCCUGAAGGAUACAACCUGAAGGAUGAGGAGGGUCGCAUCAAGGAUAUCUCCACCGUCACCUCCCUGCAGGUACCGGUGUUAAAGCCGAUGGACCUGAUGGUGGAGGUGAGCCCGCGGCGAGUGUUCGCAAACGCCCACACCUACCACGUCAACUCCAUCUCCGUCAACUCAGACUAUGAGACCUACAUGUCAGCUGAUGACCUGAGGAUCAACCUCUGGCAUCUGGACAUCACUGACCGCAGCUUCAACAUUGUGGACAUCAAGCCAGCCAACAUGGAGGAUCUGACAGAGGUGAUCACAGCAGCUGAGUUUCACCCCCACCACUGUAACUUGUUUGUCUAUAGCAGCAGUAAAGGCACCCUGCGCCUCUGUGACAUGAGAGAAGCAGCGCUGUGCGACAAACACUCCAAAUUGUUUGAGGAGCCCGAGGACCCCAGUGCCCGCUCCUUCUUCUCCGAGAUCAUCUCCUCUGUGUCGGACGUCAAGUUCAGCCACAGCGGCCGCUACCUGCUCACCAGAGACUACCUGACUGCCAAAGUCUGGGACCUCAACAUGGAGAGCAAGCCCCUGGAGACGUACCAGGUUCACGAUUACCUCCGCAGCAAGUUGUGUUCCCUUUAUGAAAACGACUGCAUCUUUGACAAGUUUGAGUGUGCCUGGAACGGCUCGGACAGCGUGAUCAUGACCGGAGCCUACAACAACUUCUUCCGCAUGUUCGACCGGAACACCAAACGCGAUGUGACCCUGGAGGCGUCAAGAGAGAGCAGCAAACCUCGAGCUGUCCUGAAGCCGCGAAGGGUCUGCGCCGCCGGAGGGAAGCGCCGGAAGGACGACAUCAGCGUGGACAGCCUGGAUUUCACCAAGAAGAUCCUCCAUACGGCUUGGCACCCGACUGAGAACAUCAUCGCCAUCGCCGCCACCAACAACCUGUACAUCUUCCAGGACAAACUCAACUCUGAGAUGCAUUAAUGAACGGACGUCUGCGGCGGAUAUGAAUGAGUUUACACCUGAACACACACCUGUGCCAGAAUGUACACAUUAACAGACAUGCGCACACAGGAAUAUGCCUAACACACAUCCACACACGCAUAAGCAGGAAGCGUACACACACGUAUGUCUUCUGUGACACGCUCCUUCACCUCCUCCCCAGCCUCCCAGAACUGAAAGGACCUAGAGAGGGCUAGAAAGGGAACGGGCUGGAUUACGCAAUGGAUUAUGGAUUGCAAAAUUGUCUGAACUGUGGAUUUCUUGAUUGUUAACCUCCUUGUGCUUGUUGGUGUGUUGAU